GGGAGGGGACUACUUAACACCAUCAUGUUACCCAAACAAAUAUCUCAUCAAAAGUCCAAAACCAAAAAGCCUCAAUUCAAAUACAGAACACAGGCUAGCUUAUGUAAUGAGAGAACAAACUUUUCUCUCUUUAAAUUUUGGGGGAGACACAAACGUUGUUUUCUCAACCAAACAAACCAGCAAACGUUUUGUCUGCGAAAAAGGCUCUCUUUAGUUUUUGGGGAGACACAAACGUUGUUUUCUCGACCAAACAACCAGCAAACGUUUUGUCUGCCAAGAAGGCAAAUGAUGUUAGUAUGUUACUACUAUUCGGGAAUGGGCCAUUCGGUCCAAAAUGGUAACUACUAGGACGCGUAUAAGAGACUCAUCUCGGUCACGUUUUCCGUCUCGAAAACAAACAAAAACCGCAAAACAGAGCCAUAGUAGUAAUCUUCUCUCUCUCUCUCUCUCUCUCUUUCUCUCUCUCUCUCUCUCUCUCUCUCUCUCUCUCUCUCUCUCAAUUUUGAAGAAGGAUGAUGUUACCAGAAGCAUGCGUAGCGAACAUCCUCUCCUUCACAACUCCGGCCGACACAUUCACUUCGUCGGCCGUCUCCUCAGUCUUCCAGCUCGCCGGUGAUUCUGAUCUCGUCUGGGAGAAGUUUAUACCUUCCGAUUACAGCCACGUUGUCUCUAGAUCGAAUGAUCAUCACCGGAAGUUCUCCUCCAAAAAGGAGCUCUAUCGAUAUCUCUGUGAAUCAAUUCUCAUCGAUAAUGGCAGAAAGAUGUUCAAGAUCGAGAAGCUUUCCGGGAAAAUAUCGUAUGUUUUAUCGGCAAGAGAUCUUUCCAUAGCUUGGAGCGACCAACGACAUUACUGGUCUUGGAACCCUCGAUCAGAUUCAAGAUUCUCGGAAGGGGUGGAACUUAUAAUGACGGACUGGUUAGAAAUCAUCGGAAAAAUCCAAACCGGAGCUUUAUCGCCCAACACAAACUACGGAGCUUAUCUGAUUAUGAAAGUGACGUCACGUGCGUAUGGACUAGAGCUAGUUCCGGCAGAGACUUGGAUAAAAGUGGGGAAUGGUGAAAAGAAAACAAAGUCAACUUAUCUAAGUCGCUUGGAUAGCAAGAAACAACAAAUGGAGCGGCUGUUUUACGGACAGCGAGAACAGAGGAUGGCGAUGGACAAGGUUGUCGGGGCUCUUAGGAGGGAGCCAGAUGUGAGAGACGAUGGGUGGAUGGAGAUAGAGCUCGGAGAGUUCGAGACGGGACACGAAGGUGGUGAAGACAUGGAGGUUGUUAUGAGUCUAACCGAAGUUAAAGGUUAUCAGUUAAAAGGUGGGAUUGCGAUUGAUGGGAUUGAAGUAAGGCCUAAACCCCAAAAGUGAGUGAGUAGUAAUGGAAAGAUGUGUACCAAAUUUUGGGUUUACCUGAUUAUGUGUUUGGUUCGGGUCCAAAUUGUGAGAUGAGAGACAAACUAUUUUGGUGGUUUGAAUUUUACAUUAUUAUGCAUGUAAGAGUACGUAAUGUAUUGACCAACAUUUGUCAAUUGUCAUCUGACAAGAAAAAAAAAUGAAGACCACGAAUUGUCAA